AGCCAUGUAUCUGUUUUUUUACUUACACCUCAUAAUGAGUUUUUUUGAUGAAGCGUGUGGUUUUUGUCCUUCGCAAUGCACUUGCAUUUACCAUGGCAGAAGUGAUGGCACUGGAACAAGGUCUGUGCUCUGCAAUGACCCUGAUAUGUUUGAGAUUCCCAUGAAUGUUCCUGUGGACACUGUAAAACUUCGAAUAGAAAAAACUGUCAUACGAAGGAUUCCGACCGAAGCCUUUUACUACCUGGUAGAUCUCAAGUACCUGUGGGUAACUUACAACUGUGUAGCCAACAUCGAUAUCAGCAGUUUCUACAACUUGAAACAGCUGCAUGAGCUACGGCUGGAUGGUAAUCUGCUCUCGACUUUCCCCUGGGAAUCUCUGGCAGAGAUGCCCAACCUGCGGACUCUUGACUUACACAACAACAAAGUGACCAGCAUCCCUGCUGAUGCUGGCAGGUACCUGAGGAACCUCACCUACCUGGACAUAUCCAGCAACAGGCUAACCACCUUGCCGUCAGACCUGAUGGACAUUUGGCCCCCCUUCUCAGAAGCUGUCUCCCCCAAGAGCACGGAUGUUCUGUCGACCCAGAGGGUCAUUUUGGGUUUGCAGGACAACCCAUGGUUUUGUGACUGUCGCAUUUCAAAGCUAAUUGAAUUUUCCAAAAUUGUGGACACCUCAAUUGUCCUUCUUGAUCCACUGGUUUCAUGUAGCGGACCUGAGAACCUGGCAGGGAUCUUGUUCCAGAGAGCAGAGUUAGAGCAGUGUCUUAAACCAUCCGUGAUGACAUCAGCAACAAAAAUCACCUCCCCGCUGGGAAGCAAUGUUCUGCUACGCUGUGAUGCAACUGGGUACCCAACACCGCAGCUUACAUGGACUAGGUCAGACAAUAUACCAGUGAACUAUACAGUAAUUCAAGAAACACCUGGAGAGGGUGUCAGAUGGUCCAUAAUAAGCUUGACAGGGAUUUCAUACAAGGAUGCAGGGGAAUACAGAUGUAAGGCGAAGAACUUGGCAGGAAUGUCAGAAGCUGCCGUUACUGUCACAGUGGUUGGUGUAGUUACCACAACUGCGUCGCCACAGAAGUAUGGAAGGAAGCAGGAGGCAGAGAGACAGAAUGCCACAGUGGGGGAAUCCAAGAAGGGACCUGAGAGAACCACCACACUUCUUCUCACUGUGUCAACCACCACAGUACCGGUUACCACUGAAAGAUUAACGAAUGCCAGGGUUACUGACAAGAAGCAAUCCAGGCCUAUGGCUGAUGGAAAGAAAAUUUCAAAGGCAGUGACAAAUGGAAGCAAAAAGCAGGCUGGGGAGAUGAGCAAGAAAGGUGAGGAGACAAAGCAGACUGAGGAAGCAAGAGAAAAAGGUGAAGAGACUUCACUGAAGGCAGCAGCUAUGGCUGAGCAAAACGUUACUGUGAAGAACCUAAGAGUGAUCAGUGAAACAGACGAAAGAGUGACCCUAACUUGGAGAACUGUCAAUGCCUCAAGCAACUCUGCAGUGACUGUGUUAUAUUCAAAGUAUGGAGAUAAAGACAUGUUGCCUCUGAGCACAGAUCCUAGUAAAAACAAAAUCACAAUUGAAGGUUUGCAACCUAGUACUCAGUAUAUGGCAUGUGUCUCACCCAAAGGAGUGCCACCUACAAAAGAGCAGUGCAUUAUUUUCACUACUGAUAGGUUAAAUGAUGAAAGCACAUAUCAGUUUCCUAUUUUGAUAUUGGCCAGCAGUGCAGCAUGCGUGGUUGUUUUACCUUUGAUAAUUUUCUUACUCUACAAAGUUUUAAAACUCCAUGUGAAACCCAAAACUGCUAAAGAAGCUGACCUUGCAAAAGAGACCUAUGUAAAGUUUGAAACACUCUCUCUCAAGCCUCGAGCAGUGAAUGCAGGAGGAGAGCUCUGGGCACGAAGGUAUACAGAUGAAUCAGAAAGACUUCUCCUCUGUUCUAGGUCAAGCAUGGAUUCUCAAAUGACUUUCAAAAGUGAAGGCUCUAGAUCUGAGUACCUCUGUUGAACAUGGGUGAGGAUGGAGGAGAUGAAAUACGCAACGGGUAAAAUUAGUCCAAAGUGAAGAUACUGCACCUGGAAGCAGGUUGGUGCCAGGUGGUGGUCAGAACAUAUAAUCUGAUAUCAUGAACUCUACUAGAUGGGUAGAGAGGUGGGUAGGAGGGGGAA